AUCCAACAUUUAAAUGGCACGUGGAAAUUUUAGCUUGUCGUCUCCCUAGUAUAUAUAAACCUGUGCCGAUAUAUGAAAUUAAAAGAAAAAACAUUGAAGCUUGAGACUAAUUAAAGAAAUUUAGUGCAGAAAUUAAGAAAACCAUGGGACUAUUUCUCUCCAAAUUAACCACUCUUUUUGAGUCUUUUUCCUCCCGGUCACCGGCGAGAAUAAUUAUGCUUGGUUUAGAUGCUGCUGGGAAAACGACCAUUUUGUAUAAGAUUAAACUGAACGAGAAUGUGUCCACCAUACCUACCAUAGGUUUUAAUGUGGAGACAGUAUCCCCGGUAAAGGGCGUGUCCUUCACGGUCUGGGAUGUUGGGGGUCAGGACAGAAUUAGACCGUUAUGGAAACACUACUACCAAAACACUGAAGGUCUGGUAUAUGUAGUAGACAGUAACGACAGAGAGAGGAUAGCGGAGUCACGUGAAGAACUGUUCGGAAUCCUCCAAAACGAUGAAAUGAGAGGAGUUCCGGUGGUGGUUAUCGCUAACAAACAAGACCUUCCAAAUGCUCAAAGUACCUCGCAGGUGGCAGACCAAAUGUGCUUACACAGGCUGACGUCACGAAAAUGGUUCAUUCAAUCCGCAUGCGCAACAACAGGUGAAGGCAUAUACGAAGCCAUGAAGGAAUUAGCAACUAUGGUUAAAGUGUAUAAGAAGGGGCUUAAAUGGAAUCACUCAGCAACCAAUAAGCGUCAAAUAAUGGGUUUACUGCUUUCUAAAUUGUACUCUGUUUUCGAGUCUUUCAGUGCUGGGACACCGGCUAGACUUCUCAUGUUGGGAUUAGACGCAGCUGGAAAGACAACAAUUUUGUAUAAAGUCAAACUAAAUGAAAUAGUUACCACUAUCCCAACCAUUGGAUUCAACGUAGAAACUGUACAACCAUUGAAAGGGAUUUCAUUUACUGUGUGGGACAUCGGAGGACAAAAUAAGAUACGGUCGCUGUGGAGGUUCUACUUCCAGGACUCUGCAGGAUUGUUAUACGUCGUGGAUAGCAGCGACAGAGAAAGGAUCUCCGAAUCUCGUGAAGAGCUGUUUAAAAUUCUUGACAGUGAUGAACUUAGGGGGGUACCAGUCGUGGUUAUCGCCAACAAACAGGACCUGCCUAAUGCAUUGAAACCAUCAGAAGUCGCUGAUUUAAUGUGUUUACAUAAGCUAUCUUCCCGAAAAUGGUUCAUUCAAGCCGCAUGCGCAACAUCAGGCGAGGGAAUAUAUGAAGCCAUGAGUGAAAUGGCGACAAUGGUCAAAGAACAUAAAGCGAGCCACCACUGAAUGGGCAGUUUAUGCUUACAAUGAAGGCAAAAUUAAUGCGCAAUCUAUUUCUGACGGGGAGAUGUACUACGUUAUUGUGUUAUUCAAGAUGAGCAGAAGGAGGAAAAACGUAUUCAUCUCUGCUCGACAGUGAGCACUGUUCAGAUUGUCCUUCAGUUCUAGUGACCGCUUACUGUCCCAGUCCGGUGUUCUACUGACCGCUAACUUUCCCAGUCCAGUCUUCUGCUGACCGCUAACUGUCCCAGUCCAGUCUUCUGCUGACCGCUAACUGUCCCAGUCCGAUGUUCUACUGACCGCUAACUUUCCCAGUUCGAUGUUUCACUGACCGCUAACUGUCCCAGCCCGAUGUUCUACUGACCGCUAACUGUCCCAGCCCGGUGUUCUGCUGACCACUUACUGUCCCAGCCCGGUGUUCUGCUGACCACUAACUGUCCCAGUCCGAUGUUCUACUGACCGCUAACUGUCCCAGUUCGAUGUUCUACUGACCGCUAACUGUCCCAGUCCGAUGUUCUGCUGACCGCUAACUGUCCCAGUCCGAUGUUCUGCUGAUGAAGCCAUUCUCUUUUGCAUCAGACAAAACAGAAUCAAGGUGUGAACGGGAAAUUCUCCAGAUUUGAUACGAAGAUGGAAUUUUAUUAAAUGGCUCUGACCAAACCGAAUUCAAGGAACUUUCAGUAUUGAACUAGUGGAUGAUGAUACAGCGAAGCAGUUUCUAUCAGACUACCGUGCACAACGGAAUGCCGUGCAGGUCUUUACUGUCUAGUAUCUGUAAUGUCUAACAUCAAUUUGGUUCAAUUGUUUAUUAGAAAAACACGUGUUAUAUUUUUUUCUGCUAUGUUUGCGAACUUCUUGUUUUCGUUUAACAAACCACAGCAAACCUUUUAUCAAUCAAACGUUGGGGUUCAGAUCUUAAUCGUAUUAUUGCAUAUCAAAAACAAAAUUAAAAUACUGCAAUUUUC